AUGCCGCUCAACACGGCACAGUACCUCACCAAGUAUGGAUGGAAGGGGCAUGGGUCGCCCCUCGACGGUGAAGGAGGUCGCGGACUUAAAAAGCCACUUUUGAUACCCAAGAAGCGCAGUCUGAGUGGCAUCGGCCAGGAUCGUGACCGUGCCGUAGAAUGGUGGGAUGAUGUGUUUGCUGCUAGUGCCAAAGCGCUCACUAUAGGAAGAGAAACAGGGCAUCAAGCAGAGAAUUCUACUGUGCCACGAAGGGCCCUGUCUACAAUCGCCAAACAGGAGCAUGCGCGCCGCACACUUAUGAGUGGAUUCCGACGCGGACAAGUCCUCGGUGGUACGAUCAUCGAGAAAAGCUCUACUGCUGAAAAACAGGACCCAGAACUAGCAUCGAAAGAAAAGUCUAAGAAAAAAUCGAAGGGCAAGGAGCGAAGCAAGUCUAGUGAAUCAAGAGACAAAAGCCAGCCCAAAGUCAAGCGCGAAAAAGACAAGGACCGGUCGAAAGACCAGCGCAAAAAAGGAAAGGGCCGGUCUAAAGACAAGCACGAAAAAGACAAGAGCGAGUCCAAAGACAAGCGCCAGUCCAAGAAAAACAGCAAAUCAAAAGACAAGAGCCAGUCUAAAGACAAGUCGGGCAAUCUAUUCCCUGACAAACUUACCCCACAAGAUACCCCUAAGCGCAAGAGGGACGAAUCGUCCGGUGGCCCACAGAAAAAGCAGCGUGCAUAA